UUUCCAUGACAACAUAUGUCCCUGUAUUUACUACAGGUGCUUUUCUGGUGCCAUAUGGUCUGUUAGCUGUGGUGUGUGGGAUUCCUCUGUUCCUGCUGGAGACUUCAAGUGGUCAGUACACCCAGGAAGGAUUCAUCACCUGCUGGAGGAAACUGUGUCCACUGGCACAAGGAAUAGGAUACGGGCAUUUGGUGAGGACAUUUUAUGACUUCAGCUACAUCAUAAUCCAAGUCUGGGCUCUCUUCUACCUGGUGUUUUCAUUCACAUCUCAGCUCCCCUGGGCCAACUGUGACAACACCUGGAAUACAGUUAACUGUAUAGGUCUUCAGAUUUUGGAUUCUUCUUCACCAAACAUGACAACAAACCAGACCAUGUUGACCAACACCACCUCUGCUGCCACUGAGUUCUGGGAACGACGUGUGUUGGCCAUGUCUGGAGGCAUUGAGGAGCUGGGCAGUGUGAGAUGGGAGCUGGCUCUGUGUCUUCUUGCCUGUUGGGUGGUCUGCUACUUCAGUAUCUGGAAAGGUGUCAAGUCCACUGGAAAGGUAGCAUUUUUCACAGCCACUUUCCCCUACGUGAUGCUCCUCAUACUGCUCAUCAGGGGACUGACUCUACCUGGAGCAUGGGAAGGAAUCUACUUUUACCUCUAUCCAGACAUGACCCGUCUAACUAACCUUGAGGUCUGGGUAGAGGCAGGAUCUCAAAUAUGCUUCUCCUACAGCAUUUCUUCAGGUAUUCUAACUGUUCUGGGCAGCUACAAUCGGCACAACAACAACUGUUACAAAGACUGCUUUUUGAUCUGUUUACUGAACAGUGGGACCAGCUUUGUUGCUGGAUUUGUCGUCUUCUCAGUGCUUGGAUUCAUGGCACAGAAACAGGGUGUUACCGUUGACAAUGUAGCGGAGUCCGGUCCAGGUUUGGUCUUCGUUGUCUACCCUCAGGCUACAGCUAUGAUGCCUUUUCCACAGUUCUGGAGUGUCUGCUUUUUCCUGAUGCUCUUUUUCCUCAGUGUUGACACUCAUUUUGUGUCAGUCGAGUGUUUUAUCACCUCAAUAAGCGACUUGUUUCCGAAGCUCCUGCGUGCAGCAGGACGGUCUGAAAUCUUUGCUCUCUUCAUCUGUUUGCUCUUCUUCUUCAUACAUCUGACCUUGGUUACUGAGGGAGGGAUCUACAUAUUCCAGCUCUAUGAUUAUUAUGGUUGUACCAGAGCUUGUCAUUAUUGUAUGGCUUUAUCUGAGUGUCUGGCUCUGGCCUGGAUUUUUGGUGCUGACCGUGUUAUUAAAAACAUUGAGGACAUGACGGGACAGAGACCAUCUGUUUUCUUCAAACUGUGCUGGAAAUACAUCAUCCCUCUGCUGUCACUGAUUUCCUUCAUCCUGUACCUGGUUGGUUACACACACCUCAAGAUUAACAGCUGGUACAUUUACCCUGACUGGGCGUACACACUGGGAUGGACCAUGACUCUCUCCUCUGUUCUCAUGAUGCCACUGUGGGCAGCUGGGCAGAUGUGUUUGACACCAGGAACCUUCCGACAGCGUUUGUACGUCCUUUGUCGUCCUGCUGAAGAUCCAGCCUGGAAGAGAAGAGAAAUGGAAGAGGAGAGGACGACUGUGGAACUGAGGACAUCUGCAGUGACAGCUUAAUAUUAACUGAAAAGUCACAUUAACUACACAGUUCAAUCAUUAAGUCAGUUAUAAAGUAAAUUCACAUGCUGGUUACUUCUCACUUCUAUGUAGCAGCAUCCCUAAACCUUCAAAGUUAUCUCAGUUAUCAAAUAUUAGUGUACUUUCUCUUGUCAGAAUUUACUUCCUCCACAUGCUCUUAGUGGUUCAGUCACUAACAACUGUCUUGCUCUCCUACAAUUGGAUUUUAAUCAUUACUAUUUGAAUGUCUUGACAAAGCAAGCCAACAUAAUUGUGAGAAUUUUGAUAUCAUGUCACUUCAUCAUUAUAUCCCAUGUUUGACUAUGCAUUAGUUUCCCAUAUCCCUCUAGUUUCAUUGUAUAUGCACAUAUUAAAAAUAAACUUCCAUAUAUACACUCCCCUCCAAAAGUAUUGGAAC